AUGGCGUCCAUCUCUUCUGAUACACCAUCAGGAACUCCCGAUGAUACUCCUACGGAUACCCCAACACCUUCACCAGGUCCUGAAACCGUGACCAAAUUUAACUGGCUGAAGAAAUCACACGCAGCAAGAAAUAACCCAUUCGUAAAAGCAAGACCUACUUUGAACAGAGAGAGUUCCACUGCAGAAUUGUUCACUAGAGAAAAUUCAAGUGCCGAUCUAUUUCAAAGUUCCAGGUUGAAUCUCUUUGAUACUGCCCCAAAACCUGAAAUAAAGGCCGAUGCGUACAAUAAGGGCGUGUCCUUCAUCGGUUGGCAUCAGCGUACUAUGCUGGAGCGAGUCCUGUUGGUGAUCAGCGCUAUACUCUUCAUUGCGCUCCUCCUAACUAUAAUUCUACUCCUAACCAUCAGAGGACCAACGGAUCUGCCAGUGCCACCGUGCUAUCAACCAGACACUCCAGAACCAGAUGUCUGCUUAAAAGGUUCCUGCAUAUACACGGCAAGCGAAGUCAUUCGAGCAUUAGACGAGACACAGAAUCCUUGUGAUGACUUUUACGAGUUCGCCUGCGGAGGUUGGAUCAGGAAUAACCCUAUACCAGAGGGCAAAUCCAGUUGGGGCAUAUUCAGCAAGAUUGAACUGCAGAACCAGUUGAUCAUCAGAUACGCUUUAGAAAAAGUAAACAUCUCGAAACCUCCCGACGCGGAAGCCAAAGCCCGUAUUUAUUACGAUGCUUGCAUAGACACCAAUGAGACCAUAGAGAAAUUAGGAGAGAAACCCUUAGUGGGUGUCAUCAAAAAGUUGGGAGGAUGGCACCUACUGCCCAGCACCAUGGGGAAACAGGAGUGGAAUCUUCAGAAACUUGUGCAAGACGUACAAAAUACAUAUAACUUGGGUGGUUUGUUUAAUUGGGCGGUGACAGAGGACGACCGAAAUUCUUCUCAACAUGUAAUUGUGCUCGAUCAAGGGGGACUGAAUUUACCCACGCGUGACAACUAUCUGAACCGGACAGCUCACAAAAAAGUCUUGGAUGCCUAUUUGGACUAUAUGACGCGUAUAUGCGUACUGCUAGGCGCAAAUAAAACAGAAGCACGCGCACAAAUGAAUAGAGUAAUACUCUUUGAAACAGAAUUAGCAAAUAUUACCACACCCUCCGAAGAUAGAAGGGAUGAAGAAGGGUUGUACAACCCUUUUACGAUAGAGACAUGGCAGAAACAAGCGCCUUUCUUAAAUUGGAGUAUGUUCUUCAACGAUGCUUUUAAGUUGGUCAAUAAAACUAUACCGAACACAGAACGUAUAGUGGUAUACGCACCAGAGUACUUCAAGAAUCUGACUAAAGUGAUCAGGAAGUUCAGCAAGACAGAAGAGGAUAAAAGGACCCUAACAAGCUAUAUGAUGUGGCAAGUAUCACGUUCCUUAUCAACGUAUUUAUCCAAAUCGUUUAGAGACGCGACCAAGAUCUUGAGGAAGGCGCUCUUUGGCUCUGAAGGUACAGAGGAGUCAUGGCGGUAUUGUGUUACAGAUACAAAUAAUGCUAUUGGUUUCGCAGUGGGAGCCAUGUUUGUCCGCGAAGUCUUCCAUGGCGAAGCAAAGACCCAAGGAGAGAUAAUGAUUAACAAUAUCCGCAACGCUUUCAAGAGGAAUCUGAAGAAUUUAGAUUGGAUGGACACGGAGACCAGGAAAGCUGCAGAAGUUAAGGCCGAUGCUAUCACUGAUAUGAUUGGCUUUCCCGACUACAUUCUUCACAAAGAUGAGCUAGACAAGCAAUACGAAGAGCUAGAAGUAAAACCUAAUGAAUAUUUUGAUAACAAUAUUGCUUUCAACGUGUACAGCUUGAGGAAUGACUUGAAGAAGCUUGACAAACCGGUCAAUAAGACGAAAUGGGGCAUGACCCCCUCAACUGUGAACGCCUACUACACGCCAACGAAAAACCAAAUUGUGUUCCCAGCGGGCAUCUUGCAGCUUCCCUUUUAUGAUGGGGACAAUCCAAAGUGUGUGAACUAUGGGGCCAUGGGGGUGGUCAUGGGACAUGAAUUGACGCAUGCGUUUGAUGAUCAAGGCAGGGAGUACGACAGGUUUGGUAAUCUAAACCAAUGGUGGAAUAAUAAAACGAUAGCAUCAUUUAAAAAGCGAGCAGAAUGCAUUCAGAAACAGUACUCAAAUUAUGGCGUGGAAGGACAACACCUCAAUGGAAAACAGACGCUUGGUGAGAACAUAGCAGAUAAUGGUGGUUUGAAGGCGUCGUUCCACGCGUACCUGGACUACAGCAAGAAUACCAAGCAGAAUCUGACCCUCCCAGGGUUAAAGUACAAUGAUCGACAGCUAUUUUUCAUAUCAUUUGCACAGGUAUGGUGUUCAGCAAUGACCAAAGAAUCAACUAAAAUGCAAAUAGAAAAGGAUGACCACACGAUUGCUAAGUAUAGAGUCAUAGGUCCUUUGACAAACCUACGAGAAUUUUCCGAAGAGUUCCAUUGCGAACUAGGAUCAAAAAUGAACCCUAAGGAUAAGUGUGAGGUCUGGUAA